UGUCUUACCGCAACAACGACAACGACCGCGACGACUCGUACGGGUCCAACACAGGGUCAUACGGUUCCUCCAACGACCGCGACAACGACAACUUCGGGUCUGGCAACAGGGGCUCCGACUAUGGGUCGUCCAACAGCGAUGACAAUUCGUAUGGCUCUUCCAACAAGAACUAUGGAUUGUCGAACGACAACGCCAAUGACAAGAGCCCCUAUGGUUCUUCGAACAAGACCUCGUAUGCGACGUCUAACGACAAUGACAAUUCGUAUGGAUCCGGCAAGAAGGAAACCUCCUAUGGCUCUUCGCGCAACGACGACGACUCGUACGGGUCAAAGAGGAACGACAACGAUAACUCGUACGCCUCGUCGAACAAUAGGUCCUCAAAUGACGACGGCAACUCGUAUGGUUUUUCAAACGAGACCUCCUACGGUUCUUCGAACGACAACGACCACUCCUACGGUUCCUCCAACAAAACAUCGUCGAACAGCAACAACCGUGGCGACAACGAUGACUCCUACGGCUCGAAGAAGGACAACUAUGGAUCGUCGAACAAUAAUGACAACGACAACUCUUACGGCUCGUCGAACAAACCCUCCUACGGCAACUCUUCGAACAGACACGACAAUUCCCUUGGAUCGUCUAACACCACUUCCUAUGGAUCUUCCAACGACUCCAACAAUAGCAAUAACACCACCUAUGGGUCUUCCAACAACUCGAGCAACAACAAUUCUUCUUCCCAUGGGUCGUCCAACACUGACAACACCAACUCGAGUUCCGACACCAAGCCCGACUGGGUCAACGACACUGUGAAGUCAGUCGCCAGCAAAGCAGGUUACAACAUCGACGAGGGCACCGCCGACCUGAUUGGUGAUGGUUUGAAGGAGAGUUUGAAGCGCUUCGGUGGAGGAUGUGGCAACUAGA